AUGGCAGAAGUUGCUCCCGCUGCACCCGCCGCCCCUGCGGCCGCUCCGGCCAAAGCCCCGAAGAAGAAGGCGGCCAAGCCGGCCAAGAAGUCCGGUCCCGGCGCCAGCGAGCUCGUCCUGAAAGCGGUGUCCGCCUCCAAGGACCGUAAAGGCCUUUCUUACGUGGCGCUGAAGAAGGCGCUGGCCGCCGAAGGCUACGACGUGGACCACAACGCCGUCCACAUCAAGCGCGCCGUCAAGAGUCUGGUGGUGAAAGGAGCCCUGGUGCAGACCAAGGGGACCGGCGCGUCCGGAUCCUUCAAGGCGAGCAAGGGCGCCGAAAAGCCCAAGAAGGAAGUGAAGAAGGCCGCCGUCAAAGCCAAGAAGCCGGCAGCCAAGAAGCCCGCCGCCGCCGCCAAGAAGCCCGCCGCAGCCAAGAAGCCCAAAGCGGCAAAGUCCACCCCGAAGAAGGCGAAGAAACCCGCCGCAGCCAAGAAACAGUCCGUCAAGAAGGUCACCAAGAGCCCCAAGAAGAAGACGGUGGCGGCGGCGGUGAAGAAGGCAGCUGCACCCAAAAAGCCAGCGACUCCCAAGAAAGCUGCACCCAAGAAGGCGGUUAAACCCAAAGCUGCCAAACCCAAGAAGGCCACAGCAGCAAAGAAAACAGCCAAGAAGUAAAAACACCUCCUCUCCAUCACCAACGGCUCUUUUAAGAGCCACACAAAUACUCCAAAGGCAGAUUUCCUCUGGCUUUUUCUCUUUUCAGCAGGUCAUGAUGUGUGAAAUGACUGGAAGACACAAUAUUUUGGCCCACUAUCAAAUAUCAACUCCCCUCUUACAGGUAAUAUUUAUUCACACUAAGUCCAUGUUCACAAAGCGCUUUACUGGGGAAGAAAUAAAACCAACUGUGCAAACGGCUGAAAGGGGAAAUUGUGCACCUGCAGUCAGGAAAGUGAGAUCUUUCCUCUUUGUGUACGCUGAUAUAUUGAGACUAAACCAUGUGUCUGUUUGUACAUAAUGACUGUUCAGCUUGUUCCCUGCAGUAAUAUUCACUCAUUCAUUUAUAAAUACUUAUCACAAGCAAUCGAAUCAUCUGCAUACAUUUUAUUAAGCCCGUUUAUAUAUCCGGUAAGAAGAGAGUCUGCCUGCGGACCAGCACAUGUGAGUACACGGGAACGAGAUGAGAAGUUUAUUUAAUUCAGAGCCAUCAACAGCGGUUUUACAGCAACGCAGUGAGUUCUGCAGCAUUUUAGAAAAGAUCACAAACUAACACAAAGUGGUGAGAAGCAAACUGCGUAGCUCCCAAACACUCAUGCUGCACAGACUGAGCUCCUCCAGCCUAUAAUUAAUGUGCGGUCAACCUACUGUGGGACAAUAUUGAGAGGAAGACACAAUAUUUGGCCUUUUUCCAAAGAUUAUUCUCACAAUAUGUUAUGAUUCCUAACUGGAAGAAAAGUUUAACAUGAGGACAGACAUCAAAGUAAAGAUACAGUCCAGAAAGCAUCAACACCUUUUUUUUAUAAGUAAGCAAUAUUUAUUUAUUUACAGAGUACUAUAUGUUUACACAGUCCUUUCACAAGGGGAGAAGAUAAAACACAGGAAGCAGAAAAGCUUUUCAUGAACAGUAAAAGGAAAUACAGUAAUAUAAAAAAACAAACUCUUACAGAGUUAUUACAUAAAAUCCAAAUUAAAUUAUGAUACAACAGGUCAAAAACUGGUUUUAGCAAACUAACUCUAAUAGGACUUAAUGACAAAACUACAGGAAACAUCAAUGCUAAACUUCCCAGUGGUGUUUAAAAACCUCACAUUACAAUUAAACUUUAAUAUAUGAAAAUGUCUUCAAAUAAAACUACACCUUCGUUGC